AUCUACAUCUUUGAGAACAACAUCUACUACCAGUCAGACGUGAGGAGCAACUCUCUGAGAAUCACCUCCUCCGGAAGGGAAGGAGUCAUCUUCAACGGGCUCGCAGACUGGUUGUAUGAAGAGGAGAUCCUGGGCUCACACCUGGCUCACUGGUGGUCACCCGAUGGAGAGCGACUGGCAUUCCUCACCAUCAAUGACAGCCUGGUGCCCAACAUGGUUCUGGCACAGUUCACUGGCAGCACCUACCCCCGAGGCCUACAAUACCCCUACCCUAUGGUUGGUCAGACAAACCCUUCCAUUAAGCUGACGGUGGUCAACCUGCUCGGUACGACUCACACUCAGGAGCUGCAGCCGCCACAUCAGCUGAGGCUCAGGAAUUUCUAUGUCACAAUGGUGAAGUGGAUCAGUAACAAACACCUUGUCGUUCGGUGGCUCAUCCGUUCCCAGAAUGCCUCUCUACUGACGGUGUGCGACGCAACCGCUGGAGUCUGUCACCAGAGACACGAGGAAUCAUCAGAGACCUGGCUCUCCAGACAGAGAGAAGAACCGCUGUUCUCUGAGGACUCGAGCAGGUUUUUCCUCACUCUGCCCAUCAAACAGGGAGGUCAUGGAGACUUCCACCACAUCACCAUGUUCACUCAGAAGGGUGAAGUUCGACACCUAACGUCAGGAACCUGGGAGGUGACCAAACUUCUCAGUUAUGAUGAAAACAACAACAUCAUAUUCUUUCUGAGCACCGAGGAAGCUGCAGAGCAGAGACACCUCUACAGCGUGUCGACUGUAGGCUCCUUUCCAAGGCAGUGCCUCACCUGUGGGCUGAAGGAGGCGUGCACGUUCUUCAGCGCCGAUGUCAGUCCUGAUGCUCAGCACGCCAUCCUGCACUGUCGAGGUCCAAGUGUUCCAGCUGUACUACUUCUAGACCUCAGUGAUGUAAACAGUGAGGCAUAUUUCAUCCUGGAGAACAACCUCCCUCUACAAUCUGCGCUGGAGUCCAGGAGGACGAUUCUGACUGAUGUCCGAAUGAUCACUAACGACAACUUUGAGAUGCCUCUGAAGCUCAUUUUCCCUCCUGACUUCUCUGAGUCCUACAUAUACGGCCUCCUCCUCAUCAUCGGCAGCACUCUGGGUGGACAGACUGUGACAGAGGAGUUCAGCCUGGAAUGGGAUUCAGUCCUAGCUGGAUCAGAGCAGAUCAUCGUGGCGCGACUGGACGGCAGGGGAUCUGGGUUCAGAGGUCAAAGAGUGUUGGAGCAGAUUCAUCAGGGCCUUGGUUCUGUGGAUGUAGACGACCAGAUUGCAGCGCUGCAAUACGUGUUGAAGCUGCCCUAUGUUGAUCGCACCCGUGUUGGAGUUUAUGGAGAGGGUUACGGUGGAUAUUUAACCUUGAUGAUGUUGAAGUCAGAGACACUGAUCAAGUGUGCAGCAGCUCAGGCUCCAAUCAUCGACUGGACCAUGUAUGCUUCAGCUUUUUCAGAACGAUACUUUGGCACAGCGUCAGUUGAGGAUAACAGAUACCAAGCUUCCAAAGUGCUGCCAAAUAUGAGAGGCCUUCAGGGAGGUAGUCUGUUUCUGGCUCACAGCACAGCUGACGCAAAUGUUCACUUCCAGCACUCAGCAGAGCUCAUCAAACACCUAAUAAAGAUUGGAGCUAACUACACUAUGCAGAUCUACCCGGACGAAGGCCACUUCCUGUCAAGGCGCAGCCGGAUCCAGCUGACUCACUCUCUAAUUGGAUAUUUCAGAGGAUGCCUGAUCGACACGUCAUUGUUACUUGAGCAGCGGGAGGACGAGUAAACCGGGGUUAUUUGUGUGUGUGUGUAUGUGUGUGUUUAUGAGUACACUGGUAGACCAAACGUGUGUGUUUGUGUAUUUUUUACACGUAGCACAACGUUUGAUGGACAAAACAAGCUUCUUUGUGACAAACCAGACUGAUAGAUUUAAGCUCCCACGGUUCAGCAGCGUAUUUGGCGUCAUUAGAUAGUCGUCAUCAACCCAUGACUGGGAAUUUAAAAGUCCUACAUUCCUUUCAAAAACACAAUGUUUGAUUGUUGUCUUAUUUUGAAAUUCUUCAAUGUGCAGUUGAGUUUUGCUCAAUUAGCUUGAGCCAAGAAAGUGUUUCCAAUAUUGAUAAAGUAGUUCAGAUCUUUUGAAGUGGAGUUCUGUAGAAUGGUCAUGGACAAUAAUUAUCUUACCAGUUGCAGAUAGGUUUUAUUCUGACUAAAAUGUCUGCUAGCUAACUGCUAGUCCAAAUGGGCCAAGACUAAAAGCAGAAUGUUGCUGUCUAAAAACAAUGCCAAGCAUAAAAUGUUGCCAGGUCAGCAUGGAGCACUUCCUGCAGAAAUCUUGUACAAUAUCAGUUGGAAUAACCAGGUAAUAUGAAAUGAACAGAGGUGUUAAGGUUUAUGGUUAUAAAACUGCAUUCGGAUCAGUGACUGUAUGAGAUAAUGGUAAACGAACAGUACUUAUAGCACCUUUCUAUCCAAACAGGAUACUCAAAACGCUUCACACUACAAUCUGUGUCCUCAUUUACUCAUUCAUACAGCACUCCACUAGGUCUCUCUACAAAGCUCAUCUACAUAAAUCAAUUUAUGGAGACUAAUCAGUGCUUUAAAUCACACUCACACACUGAUGGGACACACACCAGAGGCAGUGAAGGUUCAGUGUCUUGCCCACUUCGAAAUAUAACUGAAUAGUGGUGGAAUCAAAUCAUCGUAGUGGAAGAUGACUCCUCUAACCACUCAGCCACAGCUGAACCUGAUGUUAGAGAAUGGAGGAUUAUAUAUUUUAAAGCUUAAACUAUUUUUUAAACUGGACUUGGAUACAGCAGGUAAAUAAGAGCCACACCACAGCUGAGACUAAAGCUCUUCUGAAACAGGUGGACACUGUGUGGAUGUCCUGAGAGAAACUUUUUUCAACUUGUGAUAGUAUCUGGACUCUGAUGGGAUAUUUUCAGCGGUGCAUGGACUUAUAAGUAAAGGUAGGACAUAAUAACUUUGUUUUAAAGAAAUGUGCAUCAAAUGAGCUGCAGGUUGUGUAAAGAACAUUGAAUGUGAUAUGAAACAUAACUCAUCAACUUCUGCCAGUCAUGUGGUGAAUACGUUGUUCUGUAGGUUCAUAUAUUUGUAAAUCUGAUUCUGAUGAACUGAGUGCCUCACCAAAAAGUUGAUUUAGGGUUUAGUAACUAAACCCUAAAUCAACUUUUUGGUGAGGCCCUCUCAGGAAAAAAGUUUUUUAAUUUUGGCCCUCUCAGGGAAAAUGUUUGGGCACCCCUGGUUUAGUUACACUUUAAACCAGGUUGACAAGUCCCUGUUCCAGUUUCAACGUUUGAGAUUCUGUCAUGUUUGGGAUGAUUUGUUUAAUAGUUUGGAUUAAAGGGAUCCCCAAUUAGUUGUAACAUUAGACUUUAUAUGAUAAACAUAUACUUUAACUUUAAA